CAUCCCUCCCUCCUCUCUCCGUCUCCCGGCGACCCCGGGACGCGGCCGCGCCGUUGCGGGCGCAGCGCUGGAGCCGGAGCCGCUGCCAUGAGCGCCCCGCAGCCGCGAUUGCUUGAAACCUAUAACAGUCUUACAGACAAACACCUGGUUGGAUAUUUCAGCAAUGCCAGGAUAAGACGACAUCUUCAGAAAUCAGGACUGAUCUCAAGGAGUGGAAGAAUAAUACCUGAGAAGGAAUACCGUCUCAAUGCCAUAAGGAGGGACCACCAGAGACACGUCCGGGAGUGCUUGGCCGAUGCCAUAUUCCGUAAAGUCCUCGACAUGGAGCGCCAUCAUCAGCGGGACAAAAAGAAGAAACCUGACUGUUCUGGGAGGAGAAACAGGAGGAAGCCAGAUGAGGAGGAGCGAAUCAGAGAAUCUCUGGAAGAAAUCAUCCACGUGCGCUGCCCACAUCCCCCACUGGCUCCAAGGAACCACCACGGGCUCUGUCCUUUUGUGGCUGCACAACGAGCUUGCUGCCCUCACUGUAGGGCGCCUGGACUUGGAGUUGAUUGUUGUGUUGGACAUUGUCCUCUUCCACACCGAAUCAAGGAGACUUACUCCUCCAAGGUGAGUUCCUCGCGGCCAAGCACCGCUCCAGGGAAGGCGCGGCGGCUCCGCGGCCGGGCUGCAGCAGGGGCUGGGGCUGCCCCACGCCAGGGCCAGCCCCUGGAACGCCAGCAGCAGUGUGCCCGUGGGGGGAACAGCAGUGAGAUAAGGAUCGAGAACUCGGUGGAGUACAUCCCGGUGUCACCGUACCAGCUCCCUGCGCUGUGUCCCCGAGCGCCGCCGCGCCAGCGCCAGGGGGACAGGAGGGUCCCCGCGCUCCGGGGCGCCCUGCCCGCCCAGGGACGCCUGAACCCCACCACGGCCUUCAACGAGCAGGUUCUGAUCAGGAACACUCGAGGGUUCCCCAAGUCCCCGCUGUGCAGCAAUGCCCUCGUCACCAUGAUCUACCUAGGGAGGAGCAAGCACGUGUCUCUCGAGUUCAGGGAUGAAAUCAAAGUCUACCAGCAGUACUGUGGAACAGAGAACAUCUGUGUCUACAGAGGCGAGCUGAUGGAAGGAGACACCUUCCAGUUCGUCUCCAAGAGGCACCUCGGUUUCCCGUUCAGCCUCACGUUUUUCCUCAACGACACGGAGGUGGAGAGGCUGAGCAGCUGCUGCGAGUUCCGACACCUGAGGCGCCCCGGGCCGCGCCGCAGGAACAGCUACUUCAGGAUUCUGCACGUGGCAGGAGCCCCUCCGUGCUACAAGUGCAUUGUUGCGAUGGGUCUGGACAAAAAGUCCUCCCCUCCCAAGAGGAAGGCUCGGUCCUCUGGGAUGAAGCAUGUGUGUCCCUGGGAACACGCCGUGCACUGCCAGCUGUGUGACAGCAGCGCUGAGCCCACAUCGAGGGAGGACUCAUCGUCCGUCGUCACACGCGGCCACGGGACAAGUGCAGAAACUGUUGAGAAAUCACUGGAGACUGAAGAGGAGUCCAGCGAGGAGGAAAUGGAAAACCAAUCCAGCGAGGAGGAAGAAGAUAGUGAUGAAAACGGCAGCAAAAAUGAAUAUGAUGAAGAUUUUGAAACUUACGAAGAAGUUAAUGAAGAGGGACAGACUGGUGAUCAAAUGAAUGGAAUGUCAAAGCCACCCUCAGAUGAUAAGAGCCACAGUUUAGGCUGUGGAAAGGAGAGUGAGCCCUCAUCCCAGAAGGCACUGGGGGCCUCUGACAGGGAGCAGGAUGGAAGUGAUGGAUAUUGUGAUGACAGGGCCUCUGGAGAUGAUCUACAAGAGAGGAGGCCUGCAGACUCUGCCUCAUCCCUGAGCACUCAGUGCAGCACUCAGACUGCCUCUCACGCUGAAAUGGUGACAGAAAAUCUGAACGGCCAACAGGACUGCAGUUUCAAAAGUGCAUCUGAUAGUGCAGCACAUGCACACUGUGGAAACGAGAGUGGGGAGAAGGAACUGCUCAGAAUGGAGGAAAAUCAGGAGACUUCUGCACUGGAAAAGAAAGGAAUCGAUGAAGCAGAAAAGACAAAAACAGAAGAUCUAACAGCAAGGGAAGAUACUAGAAUUUCUCAUGAAAACAUAAUGUCAAUGCAGCAUCAAAAUCAUGAGGUUAAUGGGGAAUUCAAACAGACUGGGCCAGGAGAAGGUAACAGGAAUGAGGAGGAGAAGAGUGCUGCAGUGCCUUGGGGGAGCAGGGCGUUGGACACGGAGGAUGGCAGCGAGGAGUGUCCCUGGAGUGAGGAAGGAGCGGUUUUUGAAGACUGCAAGCCAGUCCAGGAGGAAGUAGCAAAAGCAAGUGGAAAUGAACAUCCUGUGAAUUCUGACCCUGACCCUGAUUCGUGUGCCAGUGAGGAAGAGAAGAGCACAGCAAAUGCAGAGCAUGGUGCCAGUGGAGCACCGGGUGGAAGCUCCUUGGCAGAGGGGAGGAGAAGCCGUGCUGUGCAGGAGGCAGCUGGACAAGAGGCCCGAGAAGGGCAGGUGACAGGGCAGGGACAAGCCCCGGAGCAGGACGGUGCUGCCGAGGCCGGAGCAGGAGCUGCAGGGGCCGGGGCUGCGCUGGAGGAAUCCGCACCUGAGGACAGCGCCGGGGCUCAGGAACAUCCCAGAGGAAAGGGAACGGGGGAGGCAGGAGGGAGGUCGGGCACAGGGAUGGCACCUGGGGAGCAGGAGGUGCUGCUGGAGGGGAUGGAGACAGAGGCAAAGCCGGCAGCUCGGGGACAGGGGCCAGCCGGGGCGCUGCCAGGACGGGAGGCACACAGAGCCGAGCCCCAGGGGCUGGAGGGGACCGGGAACAUCGCUGAGGAGGAGGAGGCUGCGGAGGAAGAGCGGAAAGGAGCAGAGGAGCGGGCGGGAGAGGCGGUGUCCGAGGCAGGGCAGGCGGGGCCGGACACCGAGGUGGGUGCGGUGCCCCCGGCCGGGGAGGCUGCGGGGGCUGCGGGGGCUGCGGGUGGCACUGCCGGAGCUGCAGGAGAAGGGGCUGCUGAAGAAGGCAUUUCUGAAGGGGACGAGGCUGUGGGGAAACCUGGGACUCUCUGGGAAGCACUAGCGGGUAUGGAAACAGGAGAGGCAAUGCCUGGAGAGGAAGGGUUUGUAAAGCCAAGUGAGUUUUCCCAGCUGAAAGCACCAGGGGAAGAGUGGAUGGAGAUGGGGAAAGCUGGACCAGCAGCAGCUGAGAGUGCUCAGGCACGGGAGGUGGGAGGGAACGCUCUGCAGAGAGCGGGGGACACGAUGGAAGAGUCUGUGGAGCCUGACAAGGAUCCUGUACUGGAAGUGGCACCUGAGUUAGGGGCACUGGGGGCUGCUCGGGGGGACCCUGGCGCUGAAGGGUCAUCGCAGGCGGAGGAGACGCGGGCAGAGCAGGAGGAGGAGGAUGAGGAGGAGGGUGCAGCAGAAAUACUUUGGAGUGGAAACGCGGUGGGAGGGUCUGCAGCGGGCUCGGGAGGUGAGGAGGAGAGCGCAGAUGGAGCAGCAGGCUCAGAGGAGCCGGCAGCGGGGACAGAGGGGCGGCCGCGGUCAGCAAAAGGGACAGAGGGGCAGGGGAGGUGUCCCGGGGAGCCAGGGCUGGUGGCCAUCGCUGUGCUGGGCGGGCAGGCCGGGCGAGGAGCCCUGGCCGAGGAGCCGGCAAUGGUCCCGGGGCCGGCACUGGCCAUGGGGCCGGCAAUGGCCGGGGAGUUGGCAAUGGCCGGGGAGCUGGCACUGGCCAUGGGGCCGGCACUGGCCCGGGGGCCGGCAGUGGCCAUGGGGCCGGCACUGGCCGAGGAGCUGGCACUAGCCGGAGGGCCAGCAAUAGCCGAGGAGCCGGCAGUGGCUGGGACUGGCAGGCUGAGCACGGGGGGGAUGGCACAGGAGGCGGUGACAGGGGCAGUGCUGGGGGCACAGAGCGGGACAGCGGCAGAGGAGCGGCUCGGGACCCCGCGGCACGGAGAGGGGCUCGGAGCAGCGAGCCUGGGGGAACAGCCGGGUGCAGGAGGCUCCCCGGCCAGCCCUGCCCCUGGGGAUGGGGCAGCGGAGCCCGGGGGCACAGGGGUCCCGGGAGACUCACCCAUCAUGUCCUCAGAACGGCCCCAGGAUGGGGAAGAAACUGCUCUGAGCUUUCUCUGCAGCUCCUCAGUGUUGUGUCCUGCAACACGACUGGGCUGGCUGUGGGUCUGUGUGCUGGGAUGUCACUCCUGUUUGUGGGUCUGUGUGCCGGGAUGUCACUCCUGUUUGUGGGUCUGUGUGCUGGGAUGUCACUCCUGUUUGUGGGUCUGUGUGCUGGGAUGUCACUCCUGUUUGUGGGUCUGUGUGCUGGGAUGUCACUCCUGUUUGUGGGUCUGUGUGCCGGGAUGUCACUCCUGUUUGUGGGUCUGUGUGCUGGGAUGUCACUCGUGUUUGUGGGUCUGUGUGCCGGGAUGUCACUCCUGUUUGUGGGUCUGUGUGCUGGGAUGUCACUCCUGUUUGUGGGUCUGUGUGCUGGGAUGUCACUCCUGUUUGUGGGUCUGUGUGCCGGGAUGUCACUCCUGUUUGUGGGUCUGUGUGCCGGGAUGUCACUCCUGUUUCUCUGUGGGUCUGUGUGCCGGGAUGUCACUCCUGUUUGUGGGUCUGUGUGCCGGGAUGUCACUCCUGUUUGUGGGUCUGUGUGCUGGGAUGUCACUCCUGUUUCUCUGUGUGCUGGGAUGUCACUCCUGUUUGUGGGUCUGUGUGCCGGGAUGUCACUCCUGUGUCUCUGUGGGUCUGUGUGCUGGGAUGUCACUCCUGUUUGUGGGUCUGUGUGCCGGGAUGUCACUCCUGUUUGUGGGUCUGUGUGCUGGGAUGUCACUCCUGUUUGUGGGUCUGUGUGCUGGGAUGUCACUCCUGUUUGUGGGUCUGUGUGCCGGGAUGUCACUCCUGUUUGUGGGUCUGUGUGCCGGGAUGUCACUCCUGUUUGUGGGUCUGUGUGCUGGGAUGUCACUCGUGUUUGUGGGUCUGUGUGCCGGGAUGUCACUCCUGUUUCUCUGUGUGCUGGGAUGUCACUCCUGGCUGUGGGUCUGUGUGCUGGGAUGUCACUCUCGUUUCUCUGUGGGUACCACAACCACCUGUCACGUUUCACUGGUGUUUGCCAGCCCAGGAGGGGCUUUGGAAGGAUGA